CAAUGGGAUCCGGUUUUCUUCCUGAUGCCACUCUGCCAAUUUAUAGAGGAGAAAGUUCUGCUCUUAAUCUUGGCGUUAAAGCGGAGAUUGUCGAUGAUUAUGGUAAACCCGUCUUUGGAGAAAUGGGAGAGGCUGUCAUUUCAAAUCCCAUACCUAAUAUGGCCGUUGGUUUGUGGAAUGACAAAGAUAACUCGAUAUUUCGAAAAAAUUACUUUUCCAAAUAUCCAGGAAAAUUUGCUACGGGUGAUUAUGGAAUAAUGAAUCCAUUCACAAAAGGUGUCGUCAUAUGUUGUAGAAGUGAUGAAACUCUGAAGCAACGAGGUUGUCGUUUUGGAAGUACAGAUAUAUAUAACGUUGUGGAUGCAUUUCAUGAAGUAGAAGACAGUCUUUGUGUUUCUCAAUACAAUAAAACCAUGGACGAAAGAGCAGUGUUGUUCUUGAAGAUGAAAGAGGGUUACAGUUUCAGUGUUGAAUUAGCCAAACGAAUCCGGGAAGCCAUUGAACGUGAACUAACAAAUCGUCAUGUGCCUGAUGUGAUACUAGAAAUUAAAGACAUACCGUACAAUAUUAAUGGAAAGAAACUGGAAACUGUCGUAAAGAAAAUCAUCAAUGGAAAGCCUUAUAAUGCUGAAAACAUCAUCAACCCUGAAUCUCUAGAGUAUUUUCAUAGCAUCUCCGAGCUCUAAGAAUUUUGACGAAAAUUUUCUUUUCUGAGCGGAAGAUUUUGUUUAGAAGAUAGUUUUUAUGUUUGUAUAAGAUAUACAUGAAUGAUAAAUAAUUCCUUGUCCCUUUAUGUAAAAAACUAUCCUAUAAAAAAUGGUAUACAUUUCUUGAAGGGAAA